AUGAGCUGCGACCUGGUGGGCGUCCACGUUUGCGCCCGUCAUCUUGCAGUCCAGGUAUCAGCUCCAUCAGGGUGGGAGGACAUUGAGGUCAUGGAGUAUCUCGGGUUGUACAAGCAAUGCUAUGGGUCUCACCGCAUGUUCUGCGUCCCCGGUGUUCUCGACCGGGGACUCGAGGCCAAUGGUAAAUCGCAAACCCUGAUGCUCAUCGUCUGGGAGUCUGUUCUGGCGACGCCAGAACAUCGCAGCUAG